AUGAAUGUACAGGUUUUUGAUUGGGCUGAAAAAACUGAAAGGGAGCAACGAGAUAAUUGUCGGAAGGCAGCCAAAGAAAAGAUGAAGUCCGAAAGACAAGAGAAAACACAUAACAUUAAAAGACAAAAGCGUCACAAUUCUGAAUACGACACGGAGAGUAACUCAAGUGGUGGCAGUGGUAAAUCUAAGAAGCCUCUGGAGAUUGAGAUGGAUCCUUCAGUUUUGCAGAGACGUCAGAAACAAAUUGACUAUGGCAAAAACACAGUUGGCUAUCACAAUUAUAUAACACAGGUUCCUAUAGCCAGCCGAACUAAGGAUCAUCCAAAGACACCAGACAAGUAUUCAAAAUAUAGUCGAAGAUCUUGGGACAUGCUGAUAAAAAUAUGGAGAAAGAAUUUACAUGAGUAUGAUGAUGGUAAUAGCCAAGACAAUAACAAAUCAGAUGGUAGUGAUGAAGAGUUAUAG